AUGCGGGUAUCGCCCGACAAGGGCGUCGUGGUUGACGGCAGGGAGUACAAACUCUCACCUCAGGAUAUUGACCUGGACCGCGACUGUACCUUGGGAACCGGUGCCGGCGGUGUGGUCCAAGCCGGAGUCCACAAGCCCACCGGAAUGCGAGUUGCCAUCAAGACGGUGAAGGUUGACAACAAGGAGAAGCGUGAGCAGAUGCUGCAAGAGAUCAAGGGCUUGGUUCUUGCUGCUGGAUGUCCCUACUUGGUCCAGUGGUACGCUGGCUUCGUUGGUAAGGAUACCGGGCUUGUGCACGUUGUCGUAGAGCUGAUGGACAGAGGCAGCCUUGCCGACUUGCGGAGGCGUCUGGCUGGUCCUGUGCCGCCAGAUCAUGUUGCUUGCAUUGCUGCUCAAGUACUGCGGGGCCUGGAGCAUUUGCACAGCAGGCGGCUGCUGCACAGAGACAUUAAGCCCGAGAAUGUCUUGCACAACAGCUUGGGCCAGGUGAAGCUCACAGACUUUGGCAUAUCAAAGGACUUGACAUCCACCGCUGGCGUGGCAGCGAGUUUCGUCGGAACUGCGAACUACAUGUCGCCUGAGCGAGCACUGGGCAAGGUGUGGAGUGCCGGUAUGGUGGUUUUCGAGUUGGCGAAUGGGCAGUAUCCAUACAAGGCGAAGAAUUUCCUUGACUUGUACGAGUGCCUCUGCACGCAGCCCGAGCCGCGAUUGGACACGCACAAGUUUCCAUCGGCAUUGUGUGGCUUCGUCGCCCAGUGCUUGAAGCGUGACGACACAACGAGACCUGAUGCGCAGACAUUGGUGAAGCACGAGCUGGUUGCAAGUCAAGGUGCCGAGCAGAUUAAGCUCCUGGCGGAAUGGCUUGCAACGUCGGAGGCUCAAAAGAUGGCUGUGCGAUGCAGCGAUGCAGCAUGUCACGGGGGUAGGUGUAGAUUAGGUGUAGCCACAUAUGUUCACGUGUCCAACGAUGGCAACACCAGGGGUUCGGGGCUUUAG